UCGAAAAAGGGAUUUAUAUCUCCAGGGUCCCGCUUGGAAAGUGGCAUCUUUCUCUACUCUGCGAUACAUCCAUCCAACACUGCGGCACGCUUGACAUCUCCUACGCCAUUCAGUGCCUCCUCUCACCAGCUUGCCUGCCAUGGAAAAUUUCACAUUCUACUACUAUAAGCCCUCGGCGCCGGCUGCGGCCAUCUUUGUCGUUCUCUUUGGCCUCAGCACGCUUCUACACUUCUAUCAACUCAUUCGCACGCGAACCUGGUUCAUGAUUCCCUUUUUCAUCGGCGGCAUUCUCGAAACCAUCGGAUACGUCGGUCGUUUGCUAUCCUCAAUAGAGUCUCCCGAUUUCACCAAAGGUCCCUAUGUUAUGCAGAGCGCCUUGAUCCUGAUCGCCCCCGCCUUCCUCGCGGCCAGUAUCUACAUGACCCUGGGUCGAAUCAUCGAGAUGCUACAGGCGGAGAAAUACUCCGUCAUCAAGCUGCGAUGGCUGACCAAGAUCUUCGUCGCCGGUGACGUGCUUUCCUUCCUGAUGCAGGCAUCCGGUGCCGGUAUCAUGGUGAAGGACUCGACAGACCCCACGACGGGUGAACGAAUCAUCAUCGGUGGUCUCUUUGUGCAGAUCAUCAUGUUCUCCCUCUUCGUCAUCACCGCCAUUGUCUUCGAGAUCCGAAUGGCUCGCGGCCACCUAAAUGCCUCGCCCGAGGCCUCGCGCAUCUGGCGCGGACACAUGAUUGCCCUUUACGUGACCAGCGCUUUCAUUCUGGUCCGGUCCAUCAUCCGAGUCGUCGAGUACCUCGAUGGCUACGACGGGUAUCUGAUGCGCCACGAGGUGUUCAUCUACGUCUUCGAUGCGCUCCUGAUGUUUCUCGCCAUGUGUGCCCUGAACGUGGUCCAUCCCAGCCAUGUUAAUGCCUUGCUGGGCCGGGGCGACCAAUAUAUCGAAAAGGUCGUCAUGACUCGCAAGUCCGUUGGCGGCCCGCCGGUGGAGAUGCAUACCGCCAUGGAUGUCUAAACUGUUAACGGCCCUAAAUCUUGACGUUCUUAUGACAUAUGCUACUGGUAGAUUGGCAAUGGUGUGUAAUAUGAUUUGAUUCUUUCCGGAGUGAGAUAGGGCUGGCGUUUUGGGAGACUAUAUUCUAUGAUUACUAGCAGUUAUUUUCAAAAGUUCUGUUCGACCAAGCAUCUUCGAAGAUCCCACGUAUCGUAGCAAGUUAAAUCUGCAAAUU